UAUUUUCCCUCAAAAGAAAGCAGCGUGAACAAUGGAAAUAGUCACCUAUGGCGUGCCACCAAACACGCAAUGUCCCUUAUAAUAUAGCAUAGCAUAACAAAGCACAAACAUAUAGAACAAAAUUAAGAACCAUUGGUAUAACAAAAUUGAGAACCAUUCAUUGUUGUAACAUAGCUACAAGGUUUAUUAGUAUUAAGAUUUUUCCACUUUUUUUUUGCAAUAGACACAAAAUUGAAUAAAACAAUACACAGUUUCUUCCAAUUCCAAGAGUUUUUCAAUCCCUUCAUUCAUCACUGCACGCACGAGCUUGAGGAUAUUAUAAUGGGGGAAAUGAACCUAUCAUCGCCAUCAAAGUCGUUUCGGCUUCGAAGUCAGAGUCUCAACUCGCUCCGUCUGCGGCGAAUCUUUGACAUGUUUGAUAAAAAUGGUGAUUCAAUGAUAACUGUGGAGGAAAUAAGCCAGGCUCUCAACCUGCUGGGAUUAGAAGCUGAGUUCAAAGAGGUUGAUUCCAUGAUCAAGUCAUACAUAAAGCCGGGCAACGUAGGACUAACGUACGAAGAUUUCGUGGGAUUGCACGAGUCACUGGGGGAUACAUAUUUUUCAGUGGCAGCAGAAACUGAUGAGGAAACACAAAAUGAAGAUCUAUGGGAAGCAUUCAAGGUGUUUGAUGAAGAUGGUGAUGGUUACAUAUCAGCUAAGGAAUUGCAAGUUGUUUUAGGGAAGCUUGGACUUGUGGAAGGGAACUUGAUUGAUAAUGUUCAAAGAAUGAUUUUGUCUGUUGAUACCAACCAUGAUGGUCGUGUUGAUUUUCAUGAAUUUAAGGAUAUGAUGCGCACCACUACUGUCUCUAGCUCUUGACCACAUACAUAUGUUGUUGUAGUCAAUCUCUUGUUAUAAUUUUGGAAUAUACUCCAUUAUAUUGUAGCCAUGCUUCUUUCUUUAGCUUUAGCUUUUGCGGUAUAUAUAUGAUGAAUAUUGAUAGAUGGAUGCUUCUCCAUGCUCUUUCUUAAUUUGUACGAGUUAUUUUGUGACGUCUAAUUCGACGUGUGUUCAACAUACUAAAUAUAUGUAUCUUUUCAGUUGGAUUUGAA